AAACGUUAACCGUAAUAAUUAAUUACAAUAACAUUGUGUAGUGAUACAACAUAUUGUCAACAGGAAACUUGUGUAGUGUUAUGACACACAAAAAUAUAUAUGUAAACAAUUUGUAACAUCUGGACAUUUCAUAAAAGAUCUGAGGGAACAUGCUGCUCUUGUAUUUGCUAACUGUAUUGUUAAUGGUCUCCUGGUCACUAGGAUGUUCCUGUGGGAUAGCAUCGCUGCAUCAGUACGUGUGUGGAUCUGAAUUUAUAAUAAUAGGUAGAGUCCAAACAGUACCUGGAUCCGAGUCAAACACAGACGUGUACUAUUUGGUGAACGUUCUGGAUAUUUUAAAGCAAUCCUCACCACACACUUUGCCGAUGGGUGAAGUAAAAAUCUGGACACCAGGAAAUGACGGGAUAUGUAAAGCUCCACUUACACUCAAUGAAGAAUAUUACAUAGGAGGAAAUAUAGACAAAAGGACUGGCAAACUUCAGACGUAUUUGUGUUAUUUCCGGAGAAAGGUAUCGGAAUUAAAAGAUUGUCAGAAAAGAAUGAUAGCUGAAAAUAUGUUUGAUUGCAGUUGUAAGACACCUGAAUGUUUUCAAGACUGUUGAAGAGGAAGACAUGUUUUUGGCAGACUGCAACCGAUCUGCGUUUACCUUAUGAUAAAUUAACUCAUCAUAAAGUAUCAUUAUGACGUGGGGCAUAAGGCGGCCCUGUGUACUCAUUCACGCUUUACCAAUCACCUAUUGUAUGAACUAAUUUUAUAAAACAAAUAUUGAAACUGUUGUGCUGGUGAAAUUUACCAAACUGCUGUAGAAAACCAGUCAAACCAUCAUAGUCAAAAUGAAAUAAAACAUACCUACAAUCCUAUAAAACGUAAACACGUCUAUUCACUGCUAUUGCAAUAUUGCAUUUCUGUUGAACAGUUUGGUUUGAUAAAACCAAUUGCAAUUGGGUCGGAAUUUUGAAUCAACUGCAAUAGGCGAAGAGCAACACUUACAGUCAAGUCACAGAAAUAAUAUAUCGCUAUUUACACCAAGAUGUCGUUAAAUAAAAUUGGUUACCCUACAUUUAUCAUGUUUUUUUCAAUAACAUAUGGUCAAGUCGCCGAAGACACUCUUCUGGACUUUUGAAAGCAACUAUUCUGCCUUGUCAAUGAUAUCUUGGUGUAAAUUAGAUACACUCAUACGGGCUAACGCCCUCAUAUGUAUAAUAAUGUAACAUGUAACAUGAAUUAAAUUAUCAUAUUUGU